UGCCGUGCGACCUCCGCCGAUUGGCCGCUGGCCCGGUUGAGGAGGGCCGUGUUUACCGGUGUGCGGAGCUCUUGGCGCACGCCGUGUCCGCCACUCACAACGCUGUGAAUGAAGCAGCCGCUCGUCGACAUCGACCGGAGCCUGACUGCGACCAACGUGUUAACGGGAAAGGGUUAGACAGGAGGAGGAGAAGGGAAGAGGUGCGGAAUGUGACCCGGAAGCGAUUCUGCCGGAAGUGGCUCUGUCUCAUCAGCUGAUGGUGAUGGUGAAGAGGUGGCUGUUAUUGUUCGGGGGUUGAGAAGACGCCAACGGCCCCUAGACGUGGAAAAGAUCGCCUUCCGCAUUCCCCCGUCCCAUCUUGCGACAGUUUUCCCACCGGGGGCACAGUGACACCCGGUUCCUUCUCCCCGGGACGGAUCGGCACCCGACCCUUUAUACCCGGGAGGCAGCAGCUCCAGGGCUUCUGUACCCGGGAAAGAGUGGACCCCGGGUCCCUAUCCCUGGGGCACAGCCAAAGCCGGCUCCUCCUCCUCCUCCAGCAGCAGCAGCAGGACAGCCGGGCCUGGAUCCACCCGCCCCCUCGCCUGCAGCCGAGCCAAUGCUCGAUCUGGAAGUGGUGCCCGAGCGGUCUCUGGGGAACGAACGAUGGGAAUUCGCUUUAGGAAUGCCAUUGGCUCAGGGUGUUGCUAUUCUCCAAAAGCAUUGUCGUAUCAUCAAAAAUGUGCAGGUUCUUUACAGCGAACAGUCGCCGCUCAGCCAUGACCUCAUCCUUAAUCUCACUCAGGACGGAAUCAAACUACUUUUUGAUGCUUAUAACCAGAGACUAAAGGUCAUUGAAGUUUAUGACUUGAGUAAAGUUAAAUUGAAAUACUGUGGUGUACACUUCAACUCUCAGGCUAUAGCUCCAACCAUUGAACAGAUUGACCAAUCAUUUGGAGCAACCCACCCUGGAGUGUACAAUGCAGCUGAACAACUUUUUCAUCUCAAUUUCCGAGGGCUUUCCUUUUCCUUUCAACUGGACUCCUGGAAAGAAGCUCCAAAAUUUGAGCCCAAAUUUGCCCAUGGCCUGGCUUCCCUGCAGAUUCCCCAUGGUGCUACCGUGAAACGCAUGUACAUAUACACUGCAAACAGUCUACAGGAUACAAAAGCUCCUAUGAUGCCACUGAGUUGUUUCUAUGGUAACGUGUAUGCAGAAACUGUUGAAGUAUUAAGCGAUACCAUGGGACCCCUGGGCCUCCGUCUGCGACUACUGACAGCAGGUUGUGCCCCUGGAGUAUUGGCUGAUACAAAGAUGCAUACGUUUGAACGCUGCGUGUAUUUUGGGGAUUCUUGCCAGGAUGUGUUGAGUGCUCUGGGAUCUCCACAUAAAGUCUUCUACAAGUCAGAGGACAAGAUGAAGAUCCACUCUCCCUCCCCUCACAAGCAGGUUCCCUCCAAGUGCAAUGACUACUUUUUCAACUACUUUACUCUGGGAGUGGAUGUUUUGUUUGAUGCCACCACACAUCAAGUGAAGAAAUUUGUCCUUCACACGAACUACCCAGGUCAUUACAACUUCAAUAUAUACCAUCGCUGUGAUUUCAAGAUCCCACUUGCAGUUAAACAAGAUGGUGGUGCUGAUGGACACGCACAAACAUGUACUGUAACCACUUACAGCAAGUGGGAUGCAAUUCAGGAAUUGCUUGGACACCCCAUGGAGAAGCCAGUGGUUCUUCACAGAUCCUCUUCAGCAAACAACACAAACCCUUUCGGCUCAACUUUCUGCUUUGGAUUGCAGCGCAUGAUCUUUGAGGUUAUGCAGAACAAUCACAUAGCGUCAGUAACGCUUUACGGUCCUCCCAGGCCCAGCAGCCAAUCUCGAACCACGGAACUAACACAAUGAGCCUCAGUCUCAUUUGAACUAACCAGGACUCUACCAGUUUAGUACAGUGUGCCUUGAUUUGCUGCCACAAUUGUACAGAACAGCACGAUCCAGUCAAUGCUGCAUCCCUGGCCUCGUCUGGAUUGAGGAGGGGGUGGGUUUCUGGUUUGUCAAUGGCCUCAUCACUGCUGAUGGUCCCUGCCGAUGAGGAGUGCAACUCCAUGCUUGCAUUAAGCCAGUUUCUGUCCUCAAUUGUACAGUGCAGAUCAGCUGGGUCCUGCCUUGGCUUGAGUCUUUAGAAGUUGAGGAAGCAGGCAAUGGAGCUGCAGAUACAAGAAGCACAAGUUGUACAAGCCUUGAAUGGGCAGUGUUUCAGGUUUCAGUUUAAUAGGUGUUCCUGUAGUGUUGUGGUACUCCAUACACUCAUUUCUGUCCCAGCACAAAAUGCAAAGGCAGAAGUUUGUCCACGUGUUCAGGCACAGCCUAUCUCUCUAGCUUAGACAGUAGCACGUUUUUAUAGAAAUGGUUACAUCAUUUGCACUACAUACACUUUAAUUACUUGAUUAAUCGUGUUUUAUCCACUGAGGAGUGUCAGGGUAUAGUGCCAGCUAAUUGGGUGAGACUGGGGUGUGGAGAGGAGUCCAGUCCAUGCACACAGCCGGUCCCGCUGCUCGGGGGUUUGAAGGGGGAGUGAUGAUUUAUUCACUUCAUCGCACUAUAUUGGGUUGAAUUACAAUCCUCUGCCAUGUCUUGAAUUGCAUGUUGUUAAUUUGAUGCCAAAGACAUAUCUUCAAUGUGCUUACUUUCCUCAUCUCUGUGCUAUUUCCCAUGACGGAACUGCACAUCCCAAGAUCGUCAUUGGUCAUUAGCAGGUUUUAGUCAGCAGCAGAAAUUGUACACUGUACACAAGCAGAGUUGAAACUCUGCUCUUCGCAGUAUUCACAAGAGGUUUGUUCAUUCAUAGGAAGAUGUGAAGCUACUUGGACUGUUCCCUCGUCAAAAUAUUGAGAGCUUAGUGCUUUUCUUUUUUUAAUUAAAACUUUUAGCCAUCACUCAUUUUUACAUUGUACAUUGUAGCAACUUGUAAUUAAUAGACAAAUUUUGUGUGUUUACACUGUGUGUAUAAAUCUGUAAAUAAUGCAUUUUGUAAUUUUAACAAUGUACAGGGAGUGCCUGUAUAGUUUAAUGGUGAACAAUGAGAAGGAAGUAUUUUGAAUUGUAAUCAAUGUUUUGACUCUGGACCAGUAGCAGGGACAUGUGAUGUGUGUUAUGGUGAAACUUUGCGUUCUGUCUUCCUGUAAACUGUGAGAUUGCAAACUGUUGUAUCCAACACACGUGGAUGUUGUUUAAAGACUAUGUUACAGUUUACUUUGAAGCUGAAAGCUGUUCUCUUGUAGCUGUUCAUCCUUAACUAAACCUGCUUAGUUUAGUGUUUUUUUUCCUGUGCUCCUUGCUUACCAUGGGAACUCUUUGCCUCUUCAUUCACUUUUUGUUCUGCGCAGUCCUGACUUUUAUUUAAAAAAAGAAAAAGGAAAAAAAAAAUGCACAUUAAGAGCAUGUAUUCUGCCUCGCAAAUAAAACUGACUCCAGUUCACUGUUUGAGAUAAUUGGAUUUGACUGGUUCUUUUUGGAGUGUGGAGAAUGGGUGGAGAGGGUCUCAGCAGUGAGGAAUAAUCACAUCAUUUUCUAGUGGAGCCUGAACACUGGAUAUCACUUCUUGAGAUAUGGGCUUACUGUACAAGUUUCUUGCAUGGAAAUUGCAGUAGAUUUGACUUUCUUUGUUUUUAAAAAAAAGGGUUUAGAUGGGACUCUUUCAAAAUGUCAAGGAGGAUAGGGGUGAUAAUUGAGAAGUUAAUGUGAGGCAGGGUAUAGUGGCUGAGUUUUGGUGUUUACAGAGGCAAGUAGAUGGGAGAUAAGCCUGGAGAAAACUAGGGUAAAUAGGUGGUAGUGGUGAAAAAAGUGUAGCUGUGUAUUUUGACAAUACUGGAGUGAUGUAAGGUUAGAUGUCAUCUUAGUGACUGACAUGAAAUUUAAAGCUCGGUCCUGGGAAAAGCAGGAUGACCAGAUUUGGUAUAACUUGACAUGACCUGAAUGAAGGCUGGAAUGGGGAUUGGCAUUUGAUAGGGUGCUGAAAACCAAUGGCACAAAUCUAUUGGGGAAAAGUUUAGCCUCUUCAUAACCUCUGGUAAGGUUGCUUCACUAGCUCUACGUUAACAAUAGCAGUCAUGUAGAAUGGAAUUUCUAUGGUGUAUGCACGUAAAGAAGCCAACUCUUACCUUUUAAAUUGUCAGUAAGAUCGAGUAAUAGAUGAAAGCUAAGCUCUCGAAUUUGAAGUGAAGCUGCAAAGGUGAGCAUAGAAGGUAUUAAAAAUAUACCAGCUAUAUCAACAAAAGUAGAAGUAGACUCUUGCAAGAAUAACCCAAUGCAUCUAUACAGAGCAAGGAGAGGAUAUUAUGCUGACCAUGCUAAAUGUGAUUAAAGAGGGACACAUCAUUUCAUUUGCAGUUGAUGUGAUUUAUUUGGGAGAAUGGUCCCUCUCCUGAAAGCUGAGUCAAGCUAGUGAAAACUGUGUGUCAGAAAAUACCGAGUGAAAUGAGAGGAUUGCAGAAGGUAGGCAUUUUCCGAAGAAGGGUCUAGGCCUGCUGCCAUGAUGCUGCUUGGCCAGCUGUGUUCAUCCAGCUCUACACCUUACGUGAGAGGAUUGCAAACUUUGUUUGUGAUUGACUGAGCCUAUCUUAAUGAUAGGAGGAAAAGCAUGCUCCAGAUGCAUGUGGACAUUAGGGGGUGUCAGUGGAGCUGGUGAAGGAAGCAUGUAGGUAUAAAGUGUGUCAGUGAAUCAGUAUAAAGGAAGCUUGAUUAUGGAACAGUGGUGAUAAUGCACAGAGAUACAGUAGCAGAAUACGAGACAUUAAAAUGAGGUAACUCUCCCAAUAGCCUGAGGAUCAGUCUUGAAGCAAAAGUUGAACUUUGAGAUUUUCUGCUCUAUAUACUUCUACAUGCUUCUCGUGCCAGCUCCAUUGACUGCCUCUGUCCACAUGCAUUUGGGACCUACUAAUGCCUCUCUUGAUGGUAGGAUGAAAAGUCAAUCUUGGUUGAGCUCAUUAUCUCCUCUUGUUUUUCACUUUGUAUUUUUAGCCAGCAUGUAACAAGCCCAGAAAGAGGGGGGAGAAUUCUCUAUGCAGUCUUAAAAAAUGAAGCCAGCCAUGACCAUUUUGGGGCUUGAUCAUAAUAGAGUUAAAUCUAGCAUUAUUAUGGAAAGAGACAAAGCAGGAAUAAAAGUUCUAAAUUCGGGUUGGAAAAGUGUUUUGAAGCUUAGGGCGUGAUCUGGCACAUGUAGACUAGAUACAGCUACUUGAAGGAAAAUUGGUGACAUACCAUUGGGAGGUGGUCAAAAGCAAGGUUCUGUAAGAACAUUGUACACAUGUACCGACAAAGAACAAGAGUGGCACUGCCAAAUUCAGAGCCUUCUGAUUAUUCAGAAUUUAUGGAAAAAAGCCUUUGAUAGUGACAGAACAAAAGUGUUGUAGAAAGCCUAGAAUGACAAAGUACAGGGUGGGUGAUAUUUAAGGGAGAUUUGGGCAAAUAGAGGAUAUGACCAUAUUGGCAGGUAAAAUCAGAGUGCCCAAAGAUGUUGUUUCAAUACGUUUUAAGAUCAGGAAUAAAACUAAGUAGGGCCCCCCAGUGAUUUACUAUGGGCAGGAUUUUUAAUGAUUACGUUGUCUCUGGCUACAUAAAGGAGAGGGCUGAUGCAGAUUUUCUUGUGAAAGAACAUUGCUAAAUAUUAGAUACACAGCUACACGUUUUUUGCGUCAACCAUCUAUUUUCCCUAAUUUUCUCCAAGCUGAUCUCUAUAUUAGGGAGAUACUGACCCUUGAAGCUGGUUAAAUAAUCAGGUUUGGAUGCAUUGUAUCCCAGGCUAUUAACAAAGGGGGAAAUAACGGAUAUGUUGAAGAUCAUUUUUCAAUUCUCACUAGGUGGAGGUGAGGUACCAGGAGGUUAGAGGUCUGUGAAUGUUGUACCAUUGUUUUAAAAUGGUGUAAGGAAUAGGCCAUACGAACAUAGACUACCAGCAUACAAGUUAGAUGCAGGAGUAGCCAUUUGGCUCCUCAAGUCUGCUUCACUGUUUAAGAACUGGAUUGAUCUGAUUAUAACCUGCACUACACAUUCUAAACUCCACCCUACAACCUUUCAUCUCCUUGCUCACCAAGAAUCACUAGCUCUGCAUUAAAGACAUCUGAAGACUUGAUUUGCAUUGCUUUUUGAGGACAAGAAUCUCAAAGGUGUUCGAGCCUCUCGGAAAAUGUUUAUUUUCUGUCUUAAAUGGCUGAUCUCCUUAUUUUUAUAUUAUGACCCUUUCUUAUAGAUUAUCCCAGAAAAGAAAACAAUUACACCAAAUAAUUAGACUGGUAUGUCUGACUUCAGUAGUGUGCAAGAUUCUGAGAUAUAGGGGAAACUGCUACUUAGAAAGCUAUGGGUUAAUGAGGGAAGUUGACACUGUUUACUCAGGAAAUGUCAUGUUUAACUAAAUUACAUUUUAUGAAGGAUAGUGUAGUGGAUAUUAUCUAUAUGAAUUUCAGUAAGGCAUCUGAGAUGGACCCACAUGGCACUAGGAUCAGAAAUGUGAAAAUCAAUGGGAUACAAAAGAAUGUGGCAAGUUGAAUUUAUAAUUAGCUCAUUACUAAAAAGGAACACCAAAGGAUAAUGGUGAAGAAUGAUUUUGCAAAUGUAAAGUGGUUUUCAGUGGUCUUCUGAGGGGCUGAAAAUCACAGGGGGUCAGGUGGCAUUUGUGGAGAGAGCAAGCUAACGUUUCGAGUCAAGAUGACUCUGAAAUUCAGAGACUUAACAUUGGUUUGCUCUCUUUCCACAAAGGCUGCCUGACCUGCUGUGAUUUUCAGCAUUUUUUUUUUGUUUUCUGUACAGAUUCCAGUAUCUGCAGUAAUUUGCCCCUACAUUGUUUUUGAAAGGGUUCUGGGUUUUCAUUUGUGUUUAAUUAUUUGGACUUAAAUGUGGGAAACACGAUUGGGAAAUCAGUAGAUGACAAAAAAAUUGAUCAUGUAGUUGAUUGUGAAGUUACAGCAUGGAAACAGACCUUUUGGACCAAAGUGCCCCUUGUGUGUUUUUUUUUAUUAAAAAGUCUUUCUCUUCUCACCUUAAAAAUAAGCCUUCUAGCCUUAAAGUCUCCCACCCUAGAGAAAAGACACACGUUAUUCACCUUAUCUAUGCCACUCAUGAUUUUAUAAACCCCACAAUCUCCUAUGCUCCAGUGGAAAAAAAAAAUCCCUGCCUAUCCAGCUUCUCCUUAUAACCUAAACUCUCCAUUUCCAGCAACAAGCUCGUAAAUCUCUUUUUAACCCACUCUAGCUUAAUAAUAUCUUUCCUAGAGCAGGGCAACCAGAACUGAACACAGUCUCCAGAAGAGGCCUCACCAACAUCCUGUACAGCGUCAGUGUGACAUCCCAACACCCAUACGCAAAGGUCUAAGUAAUGAAGGCAAGUGUGCUAAAUGAAUAAUAAUAAAUAAUGAACUAUGAAAAUAGCUGUCAACUCCAGAAUGUUACCGAUGGAUUGGAUGAAUAGCUAGAAAGGUGGUAAUUGGAAGACAAUCUGCAUAAGUGGAAGGCAAUGUAUUUGGAUCGACAGAAAAUGCUAGGGAUGUACAAUAAAUGUAAGGAUAUUGAGAGAAGGGAAGGAUAUGGCCCUUGGAGCCUAUGCCAACUGGUUCUUGAAGAUGACAGUACAGGUUGAUAAAGUGGUAGAGAAAGCAUAUGAAAUGUUUUCCUUAAUUGGCCCACAAACACAGAAGUACAGUGCUAAAGUUAUUUAGGACACUAGUUAGACUACAGCUAGAGUCGUAUAUGGUUCUGAUCACUGCAUGUCAGGAAAUACAUAAUUGCCCUGGAGGGAGUCCACCAAAGAUUUAGAAGAAUGUUUUCAGGCUUGGAAACGGGUAUGAGAAAAGAUUGGAUAGUGUAGUGUUCUCUUUGGAAGAGAGGAGGCUGUGAAUUAGUUGCAUAAAUUCUAUAAAAUAAUGAAGGACUGGAUAGACCAAACCAGGCAGAUAUAUUUGCCCUGAGUGGAGAGGUCAUUUACCAAGGGAGACUCAUUUAAGGUGAUCGGUAGAAGGAUUAUAAGGGAUAGAAAAUAAACUUUUUUUUACAAAAUCGGUAUUGAAGUCUGAGGCACAUUGAUCUUAUUGAAUGGCCUACUGCUGCUGUUUUUAUGUUCAUCUGGGGGUUGGAGGGGGUGGAGUCUGGAAUUCACUGCUGGAUUGAUGUUGGAGGCCAAAGCCCUCCACCUAUACAGAAGGAACUUGGAUUUGUACCUGAAGUGCUAUAACCUGCAAGGCUAUGGUCCAAGGUGUUGGAAAUUGUGAUCAGAGCAGGCUAGCUUUUUUUUUCCUCCUCGGCCAGUACAGACAUGACUGACUAUAUGACCUCUCUAUGCUGUAACUUUUGUAUAAUUAUGUGGUACCAGCUUUACAGCCUGUUACAUUUGAAUUCUGCCAGUUGCCAGUUCUGACCAAGGAUCAUCAACACAUAACCCCUUCUCUUCUCUGAUUUUACUUUACCUGGAUAUUUUCAGCAUUUCAUUUGAGCACAAACCAAAUGGAAAAUGGUUGACUCAAACAGGAUCAGACAUUGAAACAGAUUCUGGCCAUUAAUUCAUUGCAAUCUUGUUCUGUGAGAAUGGGCCAUCUAUAUUAUAGUGUUUGCACUUCAAAUUGAUGCUUUGUUUAUGAAUUCAUUUGAGGCAUCAUCAUAAAUACAAAUCCUUCCUAACAAAGAGAUAUUUAGCCUUUUUUUACUGUUAUAGAUAUUAGCAAAUGAAAUAAUUCAAGUCACUUUUUGCCCUCCCAUUUUUUAAAAAUUGUGAAAUACAAAAUUCCUAUGUAACUCCUAAUGUCUUAUGAAAUUUUUCUUUUGUGAUUCAGGCUGGCCUCUUAAAUUACUUCAGGCAUACAUGUAACAUAAUUUAAACUGCCCAUAACCGGAAACACGUUAGUUAUAGUCAUAGAAUCUAGUUGCAUGUGAUCAAAGACUUAGUGGGCACAUUAAUCACAAAUCUGUCUCUGUUCACAAUCAUGCUAGACAACAAGAUUUGCACCAAACAAAAACAUUUGUGGUGAGAAAGUGAAGCCCAGUAAGAAGGAGCACGACUUGAAACCUGAGCUCUGUGUUCUCUCCAUUAAUGCUGCCAGACUUGCUGAGAUUCUCCAGCAAUUUCUGUUUUUGUUUCAGAUCUUCCACAUCCACAGUUUAGUUUAAGACUUGCACCAGACCCUUUCUUCCGGAGAGGUAACAAAUAAUCAAAUUACAGGUAACUUACCUUGUGCAACUGACAAUUGUAAGUUAUUUCAUUGAGAUGCACCAUUCCUUUACUGAGGACUGUGAUUGUUUGACACAACAUGUAAAUGUUAAUUAUCCUCAGUUUGAAAAGGUUUGAAAACCUGUACUUAUUGAGAUUGUACCCAACUGAAAACAGGUCUAGGUGAAGUUUAUUAAUUGGGUUUUCUGACUGUGGUAUCAGAUUUCUGAAAAAUUAACCAAUGUUUUUGGUUACUAAGUUAACAAGCUAAUUAGGAGGAAUAAACAGGCUGCAAAUUACAAUUUCAGCCCGUGACCAGAACUGUUAGAAAACUUAUGUUUCUUUCUGGCAGAAAGAAACAGACAUGGGCUCUCAGUGAAGCAGUGUGUGUCAGCCAUUUAAAAAGACUGAAACAAUAUGUGGGCUCUUCAGGACACUGGCUUUUGCCAGAGUUGACCAGACCAUGUGUCCGAAGGUCACACAGCUGGUCGGCUGAAGAGGAUCUCAGGGAAGCAAAACGGUCAGAACUGUUGUGACUUGUGGGAGAGAUUCCAUCAAAGUAUAUCUUGGUGGUAAUGUUAUAUGUGAAUGUGAGAUGAAAAAGCAAUUGUCGGAAGCUACUUUAGAAUCAGACCUUACGUGAUGAAGAGCAGUUGAGUUCUAUAAGAGAAUUGGGAAGGACAGCAGGUGGUGCCAUAUGGGUGCCGCUGCCUUUGUUGCAUUAGCUAUUUAAAUUGUAAUUUAUUGGUUCUAGUAUAUAAUUUCCU